UCCCUCCCUACCUCCCCCCCCCCGUUUGCUGCUCCCUCCAUAACCGGGUGUUCUUUCUCUCUCUCUCUCUUUUUGUUAAACGUCAUGAAACUCUCUCCGGUUUUCCGUCACGCCUGCUCACGAGCCGUGAGUCUAAAGGGAACGUCCAGGCCCUGGAAAAGCUCGGUACCGUGGAACAGGACGGGGUUUUUGGUGCCAGUUCGGCGCGCGGCGUCCAGCAGCAUCGGCGGUACCGGAGCUUCGGAACUUACACCGGCUCUCAGCUUUCAAAACUCACCGCGCGAGCAAACCGGCGGCGGGUCCGAGUUGGAAAACAUCGUCCGAGACAUCAUCCAGAGGAGCAGAGAGGAGCUCGCUGCUGUAGUGAAAACACACCCAGGUAUCAAACCCACCCUGGCCAUCAUACAGAGACAGGCAGGAGAAGAUGACGCUUUACUGGACAUCAAUAAGAAGAUGGCAGGAAAGGUCGGCCUGAACGUGAUGCAGAUCUGUCUGCCGAGCCGCUGCACGCAGGAGGAGGUCAUAGAGGAGGUGCUGAGGCUGAACGAAGACCCGAACGUUCACGGUGUGUUCCUGUGUCUUCCUCCGUCCUUCCUCUCCCGCAGUCUGAUCAACUCCAUCAGACCUGAGAAGGACACUGACGGGGUUUCGGACCUGAACCUGGGCCGUCUGGUGUCAGGAGCUCUGUCUGAAGGUUUUCUCUCACCUGUAACAGGAGCAGUGAUGGAGCUGCUGGCCAGACACGCUGCUCCUCUGGCUGGGAAGAAGGCGGUUCUGCUGGGUCUGGAUGGGUCUCUGAACGUCAUGCUCCAGUGUCUGCUGCAGAACCAGGGGGUGGAGGUGCAGACGAGCUGCUGGAGCUCAGAGCGGCUGCACAUGCAGGUGAAGCAGGCUGAUGUGGUGGUGUUGAUGGAAGAUGAACACACCACUCGUCUUCCACACUCCUGCUUCAAACCCGGAGUGACUCUCAUUAACUGCAGCCCUCCGUUAAUCCCAGCGUUCUCGACUCAUGAGAAGAAUCCGGAGCCUGAAUCCUGGCCGGACGUCGGACCCGUGAGCGCAGCUCUCAGGAUGCAGAACGUGGUGAGGAGCAGCAGGAAGUGGGUGGAGGGACAGCAGUAUCAGCCGUGGAAGCUCCGCCCCCUGAAGCUCCAGCCGCUGUGUCCUGUGCCCAGUGACAUCGAGAUCUCCCGAGCUCAGACUCCGAAGCCCAUCGUGCAGCUGGCCCAGGAAAUCGGUCUGUUGCCGGAGGAGUUGGAGGCGUACGGACGCUCUAAAGCCAAGGUUCAGCUCUCGGUACUCAAACGUCUGCAGCAGCAACCCAAUGGAAAAUACAUCCUCGUAGCAGGCAUCACUCCGACACCUCUUGGUGAAGGGAAGAGCACAGUGACCAUUGGUCUGGUCCAGGCUCUCUCGGCUCAUCUUGGACUCAACUCCUUCGCCUGCCUCAGACAGCCGUCUCAGGGUCCUACAUUCGGAGUCAAAGGUGGAGCAGCAGGUGGAGGAUACGCUCAGGUCAUCCCUAUGGAGGAGUUUAAUCUCCACUUGACCGGUGACAUUCACGCCAUUACAGCGGCUAAUAACCUGGUAGCUGCAGCCGUGGACGCGCGGAUCCUGCACGAAGCCACCCAGUCUGAUAAGGCCCUGUAUAACAGACUCGUUCCGUCGGUGAACGGAGUGAGACGUUUCUCUGCCAUCCAGCUGGGACGCCUGAGGCGUCUCGGAAUCGACAAAUCGGACCCCGGCGCCCUCACGCCUGAGGAGAUCCACGCCUUCGUCCGGCUCGACCUCGACCCUGCAAAGGUCACGUGGCAGAGAGUGGUGGACACCAACGAUCGUUUCCUGAGGAAGAUCACAGUCGGCCUGGCCAACACCGAGAAGGGACACAGCCGACAGACUCAGUUUGAUAUCGCGGUGGCGAGUGAGAUCAUGGCGAUUCUGGCUCUGACAGAUGGUUUGGCCGAUAUGAAGGAGCGUCUGGGCCGCAUGGUGGUGGGCAGCAGCAGGAGCGGGCAGCCAGUAACAGCUGAUGAUCUGGGUGUAACAGGAGCUCUGGCUGUGCUGAUGAAAGAUGCCAUCAAACCCACUCUGAUGCAGACGCUGGAGGGCACACCGGUGUUCGUGCACGCCGGACCGUUCGCCAACAUCGCACACGGAAACUCCUCGGUGCUGGCGGACCAGCUGGCGCUCAAACUGGUCGGAGAGGACGGCUACGUGGUGACGGAGGCAGGUUUCGGAGCAGACAUCGGCAUGGAGAAGUUCUUCAACAUUAAAUGCCGUGCCUCUGGACUGAAGCCUGAUGUCGUGGUGUUGGUGGCCACCAUCAGAGCUCUGAAGAUGCACGGAGGAGGUCCGAAUGUAACAGCUGGAGUGCCGCUGCCCAAAGAAUACACAGACGAGAAUCUUAAGCUGGUCUCCGAAGGCUGCAGCAACCUGAAGAAACAGAUCCAGAUCGCUGGUCUGUUUGGCGUUCCCGUGGUGGUGGCUCUCAACGUCUUCAGGACCGACACGGAGGCCGAGAUCGAGCUGGUGUGUCGUACGGCCCAGGCCUCGGGGGCGUCGGCGGCCGUGCCAUGUCAUCACUGGGGGCGGGGCGGACGUGGCGCCAUGGAGCUGGCGCAUGCCGUGAAAGAAGCAGCAGCAGAACAGAAGAGUCAUUUCCACUUCCUGUACAGCCUUCAGACCCCCAUUGUGGAGAAAAUCCGCACUAUCGCACAGCAGGUUUACGGCGCCGAGGACAUCGAGUUGUCGCCAGAAGCACGAGCGAAAAUCGACGAGUACACGCGACAGGGGUUUGACGCUUUACCUGUGUGCAUGGCCAAAACACACCUGUCUCUCUCUCACAUGCCUGAGAAAAAGGGCGUGCCUACCGGAUUCAUCCUGCCAAUCAGAGACGUCCGUGCCAGCAUAGGGGCGGGGUUUAUUUAUCCUCUGGUUGGAACGAUGAGCACCAUGCCCGGUCUCCCGACACGCCCCUGUUUCUAUGACAUUGAUCUGGAUCCUGUAACUGAGGAGAUAUCAGGGCUCUUUUAACCGCCCCCUCCAACGCCCCCCACCCACCCACACACAGGUUCAUGCUGCUGGUUCCAGAGACCUGGAGAAGACGCACCCUGCCUCUAGGACCAAACGCUCCUUCAGCUGCAGCUGAUCAUCGUCCAUCAUGUCAUUAUACAAACUCCACUUUCUUCCUUUCACACUUCACUCCACUUUAUUUUGUCCAGGUCUAUCAUUUUAUCAGAUUUUAUCAUGUUUUAAUGCCACUGAUUACAGGUUUGAGUUAGAGAGAGAUUCAGACAGGGAAAACUCAGCAGUUCUUUAUUUCAGAAGCUAAAUUCAUCUGGAGUUCAGAUUUCUCCCUCAAAAAAAAAAAAACCUUAUUUACCAGGUUUUGUGUUUGAGGUCCUGUUUACAGCGCUGGACAAACUGUAUGGCUUUAUGAAAAAUAAACUUCCUGUCUGAAUUUAAUCUAAA